AUGAAGACUACGAUCCCUUCUGGCACAGGUGGGAAACUGAAGCGUCUGACUAAAAGCCUUAAAGACUCUCAAAACCUCAACAACUCCCAGUGUCUCUUUGAAUCAGAAGCUCCUUUAGUUUCAGCUGAAGACCCUGUAGAUUUCCCUUGUUGUAGUAAAUCCCAAAAACAGCCCGUGAUUCCUAAAUCUGCUUCAUCCUCAGCAACAUUUACCUCUCAAAGAUCCUCCACUGCUCCUCUACCUACCACUGCAAAACAAGAAUUAUCACAGCCUCAAUCCACCUCCUCCAGCACUAAAGCUAAAUCAUCCACUGCUGAAACUCCACUUUUUCAAGCAUCUGUUAUGUCAAAGUUUAAAGCUUCACCUGGGGCUUCUGUAUUGGCACCGUCAGGGGAAGAUCUUUUUAGUGUACCUUCAUCCCUGCACCUCCUGUCUGGUCCAGAAAGUAGGUCCAUCCUGCCUACCUUUCACACAGUGGUGUGUUUGCUUUUACGUCUUUUCCUCUCCUUCAUCCUUCUCUUCCUGCCUCGUGAUGAGCAGCGUUUGACCAGUCGCAAACAGAGCUGCUCAUCUAACGAUGGCCAGUGCCGCAAAGAUAAAGCCAUGAGCAAUGGAACCUCUGCCUAUCGACCCACUCUUAUCAGCCCUGAGCGUCUCCGAGACUUUGGUGCAGAGGAAUACAUAAAUGGGGAUGUAAAGACAUUCGAAACCAAAGUUGUAGGAAUACCUGAAGUGCUAUUAAUGGCUCCUCCUAAACCCUCCAUCAAGAGCAACAAAGAGAGCAUGCCUGCACCCAUGCCAGCACUCAAACCUUCUGCUGAGCACCUCUGCUUUGAGGACAUCAGUGCAGCAGCAUUUAAAAUUCAGCAGUCAGCGAUUCAGAAGACGCCUUGCACAUAUUCCAGACUAUCCAAACUGUACGGCAUGGAGAUUUAUCUGAAGAAAGAGUUCCUCCACUACACAGGCUCAGUAAAAGAACGAGGAGUUUUUCAUCUACUCUGCUCACUAAAACACGAUCAGCAAAAGAAAGGUGUUAUUGUGGCCACAGACUGUAACUUCUCCAUGGCAGUGGCCUACCAUGCAGCGAGUCUGAACAUCCCAGUCUUUGUUAUAAUGCCUGCGUAUAGCUCUCCAGCACGUCUGCGCAUGUACCGCGACUACGGUGCCAUUGUUAUCCCCUACGGUAAUUCAGUACAGGACUCCCGAAACCAUGCAUGUCACCUGGCCAAGGAGAACAGCUAUCUCUGCCUGGAAGAAAAUGACAGUCAAGUAUACCUGGCAGGUCUAGGUACAGUGGGCAUAGAGAUCCAGCAGCAAGUGCCCAAGCUGGAUGCUGUCAUUGUGCCUGCUGGAGGACAAAGCAGUGUGCUAGUUGCGGCUGCAGCUGCCAUCAAACAUCUUAACCCUAGCAUCUUAGUCAUAGGUGUUGAACCAGAGGGGUUUCCACUCCUGUUGCAGUCCCUCAAAACAGAUUCUCCAAUCAAUGAUUUCUCUUGCACUCUAAAUAAAAAGCUCUAUGGAGAAUUUGUGCAGCACUCUUUGGGAGCACAAACGUAUCAACUGGCCAAAAGAUUUGUGGAUAAAGUGAUUACUGUUAGAGAAAAAGACUCUUUGGUGGCGAUGCUGAGGUUUCAAGAGUAUGAGCACACCACUGUAGAUACUGAAGGAGCCUUGGGAUUGGCUGCCAUAUUGGCUGGUCAACUGUUAGAGUUAAGGUGUAAAAGGGUUGCAGUGUUGGUGAGCAGCGCUAACAUGGAGUUCGAUGUAAAAAGGGAAUGUGUGGAGAGAGCUUUGGUGCUGGACGAUCGUGUGCGCCGCUUCAGUGUUCAGCUGGGAGACUGCCCAGGAGAAAUGGCUAAGCUACUGGAUAUACUGGCACGAGAAGGUGUCAGGCUUUUAGAAGUUUGUCACAAGAGGUACAGUACUAGAGCUGAUCUCUUUAAGGCAGAGGUGGAGUGUGUUGUCGAGGUGAUGGAUCAGACUCAGAAUCGCCAUCUACACAAGAAACUGUCUGAUCGUUACCCCACACUGAACUGGCUGGAUCAGUGAACUUAGCAAUAUUACUGCCACACUGAUUAUGCACAAGCAUGCACACAUCAACACUAAUGCAACAUAAAUAGCUUCUGCAGACACAACAGACUAAAUAAAUAUUAUGCAAUGGGUUUCCUGGCUUCCAGUAGUUACACCUGUUUUGUAACCACACUUACUGAUCAUUAUAUCAGGUAAACCUAUCACAGAUGCACUUCAUGGAUAUUUUCUUGUCUGUUGGUAUGGUCAGU